AUGAGGUUAUUCACGGCGUAUUCCCGCCAACACGCCGCCGCCCUGCUCCUCCGCCGCGCACCCGCAGCGCCGUCGGCGGCCGGCAAGAUGAGGAGCUUCCACCACGUUACCGUCGGCCGCAUCAGGACACACGACCUCCUCCCCCGCCGGAGGCCCACGCUGCAGUCGCAGCACGGCUUCUUCACGGCCAGCGACAAGGGCCCCGAGGGAUCCGGCAGCAACGGCAACAACGGCAAGAAAAAGGCAGCUACCACCUCUCUCCCCGUCGCCGUGCUCACUGGCGGGCUUUUUGUUUGGUGGCUGUACCCGUCUGACGACUUUCAGCGCCUAUCGAUCGCGCCGACGGACCAGCAGAGCGCCGCCGCGCGCGGCGGCUCGCCGGAGCAGAAGAAGGCGAACGAGUCGGCGUGGUACAACUUUGCGCUCAAGUUUGAGAACCUGUCCGAUGCCACCGACGUCGAGUGGACCGCUGACAAAAUUGUUGGGUUCAUCCUCCCGGAAUGGUCCAAGGGAGUACCCGGCUAUAUCCGGAAACUCCAGAGAGAGCUGUCCAUGUCACCCGGUUCUCUCGCUGAUGAGAUUUGGCAAGAGGCUCAUGAUCCCUUCAUCAACCCCGAGGUGCAGUACAGCGCCCGGGUGAGGGUGUCCAACGACCUCUGCGAUGAGGAGAAGGAGUUUUUGUCGAGGAGAAAGAUGGUCACGACAAUGGCCUUGGCCAAGUAUCUCGACAUUGACGAGAAGGACGUCCACCCCGAAGACGUCCCCACCAUCGCCAUGUGCGGCUCAGGCGGCGGGCUGAGAGCCCUCGUCGCCGGCACAGGAUCCAUGCUCGCUGCCGAUGAGGACGGACUCUUCGACUGCGUUACUUACACAUCUGGUGUCAGCGGCUCCUGCUGGCUCCAGACGCUGUACCACUCGUCCAUCUCGCACGGCAGCCUCGGCCGCGUCCUGCAGCAUCUCAAGGCCCGGGCGGGCAUCCACAUCGCCUACCCGCCUGUCGCCUUCCAGACUCUCCUGUCUGCGCCGACGAGCAAAUACCUCCUUAGCGGCCUCGUCGAGAAGCUGAAGGGUGAUCCGAACGCCGACUUUGGCCUCGUCGACGUUUACGGCUUACUGUUGGCGGCAAGGUACCUCGUCCCCAGAGGCGACCUCGAAGUGAACGACCGGGACUUCAAACUCUCCAACCAGAGGGAGUACAUCAAGUACGGGCAGAACCCGCUGCCCAUCUACACGGCCGUCCGCCACGAAAUCCCAGACGUCGACGUUGACGGCGCCGUAGGCGCCCCCGCCACCUCGGAGGCAGCCAAGGAGGUUGCAAAGAAGGAGGCCUGGUUCCAGUGGUUCGAGAUCACGCCCUACGAGUUCUUCUGCGAGGAGUUCUCCGCCGGCAUCCCCACCUGGGCCAUGGGCCGCCGCUUCGACAACGGCGUCGACGUGCCCCCCGAGGAGGGCUUCCACCUGCCCGAGACCCGCAUGCCGUUCCUCCUCGGGGUCUUCGGCAGCGCCUUCUGCGCGACCCUCAGCCACUACUACCACGAAAUCAGGCCCCUCGUCCAGAGCCUCACCGGCUUCGGCACCCUCGACGAGAUGAUCUAUGGCUACAACGAGGACCUCAGCAAGGUCCACCCCAUCGACCCCGGCACGGUCGCCAACUUCGCGUACGGCAUGGAGGGCAAGCUGCCCAAGACCGCGCCGAAGAGCAUCUUCGGCACCGAGUACAUCCAGCUCAUGGACGCCGGCAUGUCCAACAACCUCCCCAUCUAUCCGCUCCUCCGCCCCGGCCGCGACGUCGACGUCCUCGUCGCUUUCGACGCCUCCGCCGAUAUGAAGACGGACAACUGGCUCGCCGUCGCCGACGGCUACGCCCGCCAGCGCGGCAUCAAGGGCUGGCCCGUCGGCGUCGGCUGGCCGAAGGCAGGCGAGUCCCCCAAGCAGGUCGACGACGAGCUCAGGAAGGCCGAGGCCGCGUCCUCCACCGAGGCGGACCGCAAGCUCCACGACGCCCAGCAGCACCAGAUCGACCACCAGGCCGAGCACCCGCACCCGACGCCCGACGAGGACACCGCCAAGGGCCAGGCAGUCAAGUUCACCCCGGGCGACCAGGAAUCCGGCGAGCUGGGCUACUGCACCGUUUGGGUCGGCACCACGCAGGAGCGGUCCUCGAAGCCGCCGCCGCCGUCCAAGGCCAUCGACGAGCGCUCCUCGUGGCAGCUGAUGGAGCCCGACGCCGGCAUCGCCAUCGUCUACCUACCCUUCCUGGCCAACCCGAAAGUCCCGGGGAUCAACCCGGGCACGACGGACUACCUCAGCACGUGGAACUUUGUCUACACGCCCGAGCAGAUCGACAACGUCGUCGCGCUGGCGCGGGCCAACUACGCCGAGGGGCGGGAGCAGAUCCGCGGCACGGUAAGGGCGGUCUACGAGCGCAAGAGGAAGCUCAGGCUGGAGCGGGAGGAGAAGGCGAAGAAGGACAGGUACAGGAGACUGGUGCAGAGGGGCAUGGCGCACAAGUUGGGAGAGGGAGAUCAGUUUAGUUGA